AUGAAAAUUCUUUCCUGGAAUGUUAGAGGCUUGGGUAGGGCAGAUAGAAGGCAAAGGAUUAAGGAAUUUCUAAGUCAGAAAUAUGUGGAUAUGGUUCUGCUGCAAGAAACAAAACGGUCAUGUAUGGAUGAGAGUGGUGUUAGGUCUUUGUGGCCUAUUGAUUCGGUGGAAUUCAUGGAAGUGGGCGCAGAUGGUAGUGCUGGAGGGCUUCUUUGUGUAUGGAACCCUCUGAUCUUCUCAUUAAAGGAGUGCUGCUGUUUCAGAAAUUUCAUACUAUUGGCAGAUUUGAAUAGGAGAAGGUUAUGGGGUAUUCUUUCCAAUUUGAAGUCUAUUUUUCCUAAUCCUUGGUGCCUAGGGGGUGACUUUAAUGAGAAUGGUUCAAAUACAAGGUUUGGGGGCUACCAAGACUCUCUUCUUCUUUUUUCUGAUCAUAGCCCUAUUCUGCUGAUGGAAGAUGAUAGGAAUUGGGGCCCGAAACCUUUCAAGUUCAUCAAUGCUUGGGUUUUACACCCUGACUUCCUUGAUGAAGCUAAAAGAGCAUGGGAAUCAUCAGGUGUACAAGGUUGGGCUUGUUAUAUCAUCAUGGAGAAGCUGAGAGUUCUAAAAGUAGCACUGAAAAAAUGA